AGAAGAAGAAGAAGAAGAAGAAGAAGAAGAAGAAGAAGACAACAACAGGAGGAGCUCAGCAGCAUGCAGAGUCUCCUGAGGCUCCUAUUGGUUCUUCUGACGCAGCUCAUACCUGCGCAGAUGCUGCACCUUCCACAUGAGGGUAACUCCACAGGUAACACAGUGAUGGAGUUCCAGGAGGUUCUGGAGAGGAGCAGGUGUCGGCCGAUGGAGCAGCUGGUGGACGUGGAGCGAGACUUCCCCGAGGAGGUGGAGUUCAUGUACAGACCCGCCUGCGUGCCGCUGUGGAGAUGCUCCGGCUGCUGCGGCGACGAGAACCUGGAGUGCCAUCCGACGCUUGAACGCAACGUCACCCUGCAGGUGAUGAGGAUUCUCCCCAUGACAUCUGCACAACGCGUCGAACUCACAUUCGUCGAGCACCAGGGAUGUGAAUGCAGAGCCCGACAGCCGCUUCAAAAUCAUAAAAGCGUCGCCGAGUCUAUCAAGAACAAACCUCGGAGGCGGAAACACAAGAAGACAGCGAGCGGCUGUGAAAAGUGCCAGUUCCCUCAAAACAAGAUAAACCCCCACUGAAUUAGGAGGCGAGACCUUGGAGACGCGACACAUAUGCACUGAUCAUAUCUGACUCUUCUGUCUGCACAAAACUCUGCUUCCAGGAAGACUUUCUUCUUCUUUUCUUUUUAGAUUAUUUAUCAGAGCAAAUAAAUAUAUACAAACGGUUAACAAAUUAAAGGAAAAACCAUUGCUCUCCAAGUCUCUGGAACUCUGCUUGACUUGCUUUUUACUGAGGCUCCCACUGAAGCGACCAUGACCUGGAUGGCUGGUACAUGAUUCACAUGUCCUGUGAAUGGAACAGACCGCUGCCAUCAGGAUAGAAAUGUUCCAUCACAGGAUAAAUGUGAUCAGUCAGAACAACUUUUUAUCGAUUAGCUGGGAACAAGUUGGCUCAAACCCUGCCAGUAAAAUGCUCCCCACAGCCCAACAGAGCCACCGGAUCCCUUCCCUGUCGGGGUCAAGGGUUCAGGUAUUUCCUUUAAUUUGUCACUUGUUGGUAUGUCUGCAGACACCUUUUGGCCCUGAAUGCUUUUUUUUUUCUUUUUUUUCUUGGACCAAAUCCAAUGUCAGUUUUAUUUUUAAAUCUGUCUGUUCUUGUUUGAGGCUUUGAGAACAGAUACAGAGUAGACACAGAGAUAAUGGAAUGUUUUGAGCUUUUCAGUUGCCAGGGGAAAGGAUUAAAUCCUCCGUCUAUUCCUAAGUGUUCACUCAUUAACUGUCAAAUCAAAGGGGACAUUCACAGAGGGGCCAGAAGCCUUCUGCAUGACUCUAUGUUUACACUGUUGAGACACCGGUUCUGUUCUAAUGAAGGAAAGACGUCAUCUGUGUGACCUUUUGUAUAUAAUUUGUAAUUUUCAUAUUUUUAUGAGCAUUCUGCCUAAUUAUGAGGCAUAAUACGGUAUUGAAAUAAAAUACACUCCAAUUACAAGGAGCCUCUGUCUUCUCUA